AUGGACAAAGAAACCCUAAAAAUAUUGGUGAGUUUUAUCAACGAAAAACAAAUCCACUUAAUAAGCGACGAAAUAUAUGCUGCAACAGUUUUUUGCCACCCAAGUUUCACAAGCAUAGCUGAGUUAAUAGAACAAGACACAAACAUAGAAUAUAACCCUAACCUCAUUCACAUUGUUUAUAGUCUUUCAAAGAAUCUGGGAUUUCCUGGUUUUAGAGUUGGCAUAAUAUAUUCAUACAAUGAUGAAGUUGUUAAGUGUGCUAGAAAAAUGUCAAGUUUUGGAUUAGUUUCUUCACAGACACAAUAUCUUAUUGCAUCAAUGUUAUCUGAUGAAGAGUUUGUGGAAAAGUUUAUAGUAGAAAGUGCAAAAAGACUUGCUAAAAGGUAUGGAAUAUUCUGUAGAGGUUUAUCACAAGUUGGUAUAAAGUGUUUGCAAAGUAAUGCUGGUCUUUUUUUAUGGAUGGAUUUGAGGUGUCUUCUUAAGAAACAAACAUUUGAAGAAGAAAUGAAACUUUGGAAAGUGAUUAUUCAUCAAGUUAAGAUUAAUAUAUCUCCUGGUUGUUCUUUUCAUUGUUGUGAACCGGGGUGGUUUAGGGUUUGUUAUGCGAAUAUGGAUGAUAGAGAUGUUGAAGUUUCUUUGACACGAAUUCACGCGUUUGUGAGGCGAAACAAGGCUGAAAUAGUCGCGGAGAAGAAUCCUUGUAGCCGGAGAAACUUGAGAUUAAUCUUCUCAUUAAGAAGUUUGGAUGAUUUUUUGGUGUCACCUCAUUCUUCUAUUACUCAUUCACCUAUUGUGAAAGCUACUACUUGCUAA